GUCGAACCUUUGAAACACUGAUUUGCCAUACAAAACUGAGGCUCUCAAACAAAAGAAGGUGGUGAUCGUACGAGCCAGCAAGCAUGCAGAUUUCCUGUGUAUAUAUCGCUACGACACCAGCUGCCUUCUUCAUCUUCCACUGAUCUCUGAGCCAUGGCGAUCGCGAGAUGCAUGUUCGUCGUGGCGGUGGCUCUGGCUCUGGCUCUGGCUGUGGCAGUGACAGUCUCCCUAGCCUCGCCAACAACAACUGCAACAGGAGUAGGUCAUCUUCUCGUCGAGCGCAGCCUGAGAGCUGCGGCGACGUGCAGCAAGUUUCCUCGGAUGUGCCACGCGAAGGGCAGCCCCGGGCCGGACUGCUGCAGCAGGCGGUGCGUGGACGUGAGGACGGACAGCCUCAACUGCGGGCGGUGCGGCCGGCGGUGCCGCUACGGGUGGACGUGCUGCCGAGGGAGAUGCGUGAACAUAAUGUACGACGCGAAGAACUGCGGCGCCUGCCGGCGCCGGUGCCCGAAUGGAAGCUUCUGCAGAUACACACCAUCUGCCUCCUGUUCGUGUGGCAAUCAUAAACAAGCCGGAAGGUUUGGGUUCUCGAUAUUGAAUGUUUCGUAG